AUGUCUGUCCGCGUCGUCGCCCGAAUUCGGCCGCUCCUCGAGAAAGAGCUCGACAAGGACGUGAUUGUCCGCGCCGACAGUGUCGAUCCCAGCAAACCUCAUACCAUUGUCAAGAUCCCCAACCCCAAAAAUGAGGCUGAGGAGUUUUCGUUCGCCUUCAAUGGUGUCUACGACCAGUCCACCUCCCAGGAGACUCUGUUUACUUCAGAAGUGGCCCCGUAUUUGAAAUCCCUCUUCCAAGGAAUCGAUGUCACGCUCUUUGCCUACGGCGUCACUGGCACCGGCAAGACGCACACGAUGCGAGGCGGCCUGAAGCUGGCAGAGCGUGGGGUGAUUCCCCGGCUGCUGAGCGGUGUGUUCCGGAGAGGCAAGAAGAUUACGAAGGAUUCGCAGGGCGAGACAACGGUGCAGGUCGCCUUGUCGUACUACGAAAUCUACAACGACAAGGUCUUCGACCUGCUCGAGCCCCUCGAGAAGCGCACACCUACCGGGCUGCCUCUACGCGCCGAGGCCAGUGGGAGGACUGUUGUUGUCGGGCUGUCAGAACGAUCGUGCGAGGACCUCAAAGACUUUGAGAAGCUGUACAUCGAGGCGAACAACAACCGCAUCACGGCCUCCACCAAGCUCAACGCUCACAGCAGUCGCAGUCAUGCCAUCCUCCGGGUCAAGGUGACACAGACUACUGGAGAUAUGGUUCAAGAGAGUACCGCCUCAGCCAUUGAUCUUGCUGGCUCCGAAGACAACCGUCGCACCGACAAUGGCAAAGAGAGACUGGUUGAAUCAGCUGCCAUCAACAAGAGUCUCUUCGUCCUCAGUCAAUGCAUCGAUGCCAUCUCCCGUGGCGACAAGCGGAUACCGUAUCGUGAGUCGAAGAUGACGCGUAUCUUGUCUCUGGGCCAGAACAAGGGCAUAACUGUAAUGAUUCUGAACCUGGCCCCUCUGCGAAGUUACCACCUCGAUACUCUGAGCAGUCUCAACGUCAGCUCUCGCGCGAAGCGAAUCGAAGUCCGGGAAAUUGAGAACGAAAUCGUUUUCAAACAAGUUCCUAGAGCGAACUCGAACCUCUCAGGCCUGGCUGCCAGUCGACAAGCUCUUCGCCCUCUGAUCAAUGCCCACAACGUCCACAACGGCAACAUCGCGGCCAAGGCUGCGGAUGCCAAGACCGCGGAUGCUAGCAAGCCCGUCAAGGCAUUCAGCGUCUUCACGGACAAGACGAAGCCGACGCUCGCUACCCGACCCAUCGCCAACUCUGGCCUGGUUCGUCGAUCGAACUCCAACAAGCGACCCUCUGAGAAUGAGUUUAUCGCAAGACCGAGCAAGAUCUCGAGACCUCCUGCCGUAGCAUCUGUCACGGUGUCUGCGGCCCAGAUUGAGGCCAUGGUGGAGAAGAAGGUCAGCGAGGUUCUGGCUGCUCGGAUGGCGGCUGAAAAGGCCUCGCAGCCGGUCCAAGUGCCGGUCCAGCCUGAUCUCAGCGAAGCUGUGCAGCGGCGGUUGGAUGCUCUUGAGAAGCGCAUCGACAGCGAUGAGUGGCGUGACGAUUCCAAGUCGGAUGGCUUGAGGUUCCUGCUGGCUGCCCGGCAAAGCAAGGAGCGAGGCGAUGAUGCGGCAGCGCUGAAGAUGUACGAGAUGGCCUUGCCGUACUUCCCUGGCCAAGCCAAGCUUCUGAGCAAGAUCGAGAGGCUGAGAACGCGCAUAAACGGGUCCAACGGCGGCUCUGAGCAUCGCAACUCCCCUCGAGCAGAGAAGAAGAAGCGACGCGUAGUCUACGAGGACGAGGAGGGCGACUACCAAGAUGGCGAUGUUGACGACGAGUCUUUCGUGCAACUCGCUCCCAAGGCCAAGUCCCGGAAGCUCAAGGUCAAGACUCUCAAUGUCCUUCCGGACCACGACGGCCCUGCGUCACCACGAACGCAGCGACUCCUCGACAUUGUCAACUCUCGCGACUUGGAGCAGAUCCGCGGGCUCGUCGGCUUCGGUGCCAAGAAGGCCCGCGACCUCAUUGACUAUCUAGAACUCGAGAGGUUCGAUGACGCUAGCAGCGUCGAGAGCCUUGCGCAGCUUCGUAGCUUUCCGGGCAUGGGGAGCCGAACCGUUGAGAAGGCGUAUGACGGUUUGGUAGUGUAA